AUGUUUGAGGAACAACUUCUCCACCUGAUAUCCCAUCAGGAAAGUGAACUGGAACAGUUACAAAAAGCUACUGCUCUAUUGAAAAAUCAUUUGCAGACGCUGAACUCAGCAGCAUCCCCUGCUCUAAAUGAAGGAACUUCCAAUGAUAGUGGGAAAUCCGGUGGACAGUAUUCGAAUCCUCAUCAGUCACUGAUGGGCGAACUAUCUGCUCUGAAUCAAGACAGUGAGGAGGAUCAAUGGUGGCACAAGCAUAUCCAACUAGACCCUUCAAUGACAGAAUUCUACGAAGAUGAUGGUAUUGAAAUUGAUGAUGCCUCUCUUCAUGGUGACUUGCAAACCAAUGGAGGGUUGAUUGAAAACGAAGAAACCGGUAACGCUUUAAAGAUCAAACUAGACUCGAACGGCUUGGAUCUAGUUAGCUCUUCUGAAGGCGAAUUCAUGGAAAGUUUCCGCACUGAAGUAGCCGAGAUAUACCAACAGCUGCGUCAGAUGUGCUUGGAUGUAAGCGCUCAGUCGGUGAAUAGCAAUCUCUCAGGGCCUGGAGAUAGUACGCCCGACCAAUUGGCUCGAAUCGAAUGGGAUUUCCGUCUGGCAUCUUUACGCAACGUUCUCACAGAUCUGCGAGGACUUCUACAAGAUCUUGUAGCCAUUCCAUCGAAGGUAAUCUUGAUUCUUUGA